AUGUCCAAUGAAGAGUAUUAUAAAGAGAAAGCUCUCAAGGAGGAAUUGGCAGAGUUAAUUCGGAGAGAAGAAUUGUUUUGGCGGGACAAGUCUAGAGAAUUGUGGAUAAAAGAAGGUGAUGCCAACACAAAAAAAUUUCAUGCAUCAGUGAAGGCGAAAAGGAGCAGAAAUCGCAUUGACUCGAUUGUGGAUAAAGAUGGUAAUCGACGUUCUUCUUUGGAGGCUAUAGAGGAAGUGGCAGUGAAUUUUUUCAGAGAACUAUUGGGGGACGGUAGCAAUGACAAUCCCUCACAUCCUUUGACAGAUGUUAUUCAUAGAGAAGUUACAGAUGCAGAUAAUAUAUCUUUAUGCUGCCCUUUCUCUCUAGAGAAGGUUAAAAAAGUGGUGUUUGAUCUACACCCAAACAAGGCUCCCGGCCCUGAUGGAUUCACAAUGGAUUUUUAUCAAAGAUGUUGGGGGUUCUUGGGGCACGAGAUUCUAAUAAUAUUGGAGAAUUUUAGAAAGCAGGUGAAUGGGAAUGUCAAUGGUUUUUUCCAUGCUACUAAUGGGCUUCGACAAGGAGAUCCCCUGUCGCCCUUCUUGUUUGUGCUUAUGGCUGAAUUUUUAGGAAGGAGUAUUACAAACAGGGUGAGGCAAGGUUUAUGGAAAGGGGUUUCCAUUUCAACCUCCAUGGAUCCGAUAUCUCAUUCACAAUUUGCGGAUGACACUAUUUUGUUUGGAGAAGCCUCAGAGAAGGAAGCAUAUAUUAUAAAGGGGGUCUUAGAUGAUUAUGAAAAGGUAUCCGAACAGUGCAUGAAUAAGAAGAAAUCCAUGAUUUACUUUCUCAACACAAGCAGGGGAUCUCAAUUGAAAAUAUUCGUACCGAUUUACUACAUGUCAUGUUAUAGAUUGUCCUGCAAGGCUACUUCUGCUUUGGAUGGCAUGCUCAAAAAAUUUCUUUGCAAAAGGUCGAAAGAGGCAAAAAAGAUCCCUCUUAUCAAUUGGGAUACCGCUUGCCUGCUUAAGGAGGAUGGCGGGGCAGGCCUUAGGCAAAUGAAAUUGCAAAAUUUAGCACUUGGGGCCAAAUUAGCUUGGAAAAUGUACAAUGCUCCUCAAAAGGGUUGGUGCAAGGUUAUGGCUGCGAAAUAUUUGGAUUCUAGUGAUCCUGAAAGGAUAUUCACAGUAGCUAAUUCGGUAGGUGGCUCUUCGAUUUGGAGAUUUAUAUGGGAGAGCAGGAAGCUUAUCACAGAUCACCUCACUUGGAGAAUUGGUAAUGGGAAAAAAGCCAAGUUUUGGAGGGACUCUUGGAAUGGGGAGUUGGCAUUGGCAAACAUUAUAAAUGACAAUGAAUGGAUUAAUCAAAUUGAAGCAAAUAUGGGAGUUCAUGUGGCAGACUAUGUUGAAUCUUUCCAUUCCCCUAAUGUUCCAAUCUCUUGGAAACGAGUAGGAGAUCGGCUAAGUGAGAACAAUUUGAAAUUGGAGGAAAUACUUAAUAGCAGAAAGACUUUUGUAACAUAUGAGAAUGACACUUUAGUUUGGAAUGCAGCAAAAUCAGGAAAAUAUAGAGUGAAUUUGGGGUAUGAACUGCAAAGAAAGUGA